AUGUCAAAUAAUGAAGUACCACUGUUCAAUAGUGCUAGAAAUUCUAUCUCAAAUGGCCAUAUGAUCAGUAAUAAUAUUUCUAAUAAUAACAGUAAUAAUAGCAACAAUAAUAGUGAUAAGAGUAAGAGCCGAGAUAUGAUCAAAGAAAAAUAUAAGGAUCUAUUAAUGGAAAGAAUGCGUAUGAAUCCAUCUAUUUCAACUAAGGAUAACGAUAAUAAGGAUUAUCAAAUUGAUGAGAACGAUUUGAAAUAUAAUGAUUUGGAUUAUUUAGAUGACACUGAUGAUGAUUCAGACUAUGAUUAUUCAUAUACCAAUAAUUAUAAGAGAAAUAAAAGUGAUGUAAAUGUAAGUGAUACAAGUGAUAAUGAUAUAACAUUGGAUGAAGAUAACGAUGAAUAUGUCUCUGGUGAUUAUGAUUUGGAUGAAUCGUAUGACUAUGACUAUGAAUAUGAUCAAAGAAAUCCACAACAUAAAUAUAAAUAUAAUAAUAAUGAUGAUGAUAAUGAUGAUGAUGAUGAUGAUGAUAAUAAUAAUAAUAAUACGCUAAUAUCUAAUAAAUCUUUUUUUCAUUUGAAAUUUAUUUUCAUAUCCUUUCUACUCUUCUCUGGUAUCGUUUAUUUUAUCAGAAUAGGUGGAUCCUAUAACAAUGAUCUAUAUUCAUCUCCGGUAAAGACAACUGGAUCUAUCACAAAUAUUCAAAAACAGAUCAAUCAUUUAUAUAAUGAACUGAACGUAAGAGACAAAAAAUGGAAUAACGAAUUUGAUGAUAAAUUGAGAAUAGUCAUAUCGCAAUUCGAAAAAAAUAUUAGAAAACUGUUACCAAACAACAAUUUCAUAAACAAUUUUCAAAAUGAACUGAAUUUAAUCAAUUCAAAGAUAAAUUCUUUACAGGAUUCAUUCUAUAAUAACAAUAGUAAUCAUAACAGAGACUCAAAUUUUAAAAUUUUACAAAACUUUACAUACUUACAAAACGAAAUCCUAAAUGAAUUGAACCAUUCUCUACCCUUGGAGAUCCCAGUUAUGAUCAACAAUUCUUCAUCUAUUAUGAUAAUACCUGAGUUACAUACAUAUAUCACGAAAUUGUUGUCAAAUUUAAUCCAAAAUUCUAAUCUUACCAAUGUACCUUCACCAAAUUUAAAUGAUUUAAAAUUGAAAUAUGAUUUGAAUAAUUAUAUCAAAGAAAUCUUGACAAAUGAAUUUCAAUAUAUUGAUAAAGAUUUCUUGUUGAGUGAACUGAACCAUAAUUUAAAGAUCAAUAAAUUAGAAAUCUUAAAUGAAUUAAAAGAUAAUAUUAAAAUGGAAUGGAAUAAAUAUGCUUAUAAUCAAAACAAUAAUAAUAAUAAUAAUAGAAACAAUUUUCCUGAACGAUACUCUACUGUACUUUUAAAAAGAUUAAUAAACCAAAUAUACGACACUAAUCAGCAUCAAUGGGGUAAUGAUCUAGAUUUCAUGACAUUUGCACAAGGUACAAGAUUAUUGAAAAGUUUGACUUCGAACAAUUCACCAGUUGGAAAUGGAAUCACCUCAAUGCAACUAUUAUCUGAUACAAAAUUAGAUUCGAUGUCAACGUACUGGCAAAGUGAACCAGAUUCGAACGGACAAGUCACUAUUGGGAUCAGAUUUAAACAGCCAAUAUAUUUAACCAAAAUAUCGUAUUUACACGGAAGGUUUACAAAUAAUUUGCAUAUGAUGAAUUCUGCACCAAGGAAAAUAUCAAUAUAUGUCAAAUUAAUGCAAAAUAUUGAUACAAUAAAUUUACAAAAAAUUGCAAGUCGAAAUAAUGAAGGUGAUUUAUUUGCCAGAGACAAAUCAUUUAUUAAGAUUCAAACAUACGAGUAUGAUAUUUUCAAUAAAAAAAUCAAACAAAAUUUCUUAUUGCCAAGCUGGUUUAUAAAAUUUAAACCAUUGGUUAAAUCAAUGAUAUUUGAAAUCAAUUCAAAUUAUGGUAAUAAAAAGUAUGUAUCGUUGAAAAAAUUUAUUAUCAAUGGUGUUACGGAGACAGAUCUGAAUAUAUUAAAGUCAAAGUCUUUCCCUACACAAAACCACAAAGAUGAUGAAAGUUCAUCACCUGAAUACCAUUUUGAUUCUAGUUUUGAACGUAUCCAGCAACAACAACAACAAUUGAAAGAAUCUAAUAUUCAAAAAGAAUCAGCAGAACGUAGUUACAAAAGUAAAAAUAACCAAAGAGAUACAAAUAUGAAAAAAGUACCAUCCUUUGGAGAAGAUGAACUUGUUUAA